GCUCAUUGCAAACUUCUCAAGCUAGACUGAAGCAAACGUGUUGGACUACUUAUCCAUUUUACUUGUUAUUUGAAGAAGAAACAUCUUGAACACGACUUUCAAACAGGGGUGGAUGUGAUGGUGUGGCUGUUGUCGUAACGACACGUGGCAAGAUGUCGGGUGACACCAGCACCCUGUGCUGGAAGCUGCCCAGCCCUGGAGGCCACAAUGGGCCAGACGGUGGCCCCGAGGGGACCUUUGUUGGAGACGGGGGCCCCGUCAAGAUCCUGAAGGUCUGCUUCACCAGCAACAGCUCCAACCUGGGGAAAAACUUCAAACUGGUCAAAUGUGACAGCUCCUGGGAGAUCAGGGCUAUCAUCCAUUCCAUCCUGAUAAGCGGCCGGCUGGGUCCGAACAUCAAGUACCCAGGCUGCUACGGCCUGCUGCUUAAGCACCUCAAGUCAGACGAGCUCCACUGGCUCCACCCGGACCUGACAGUGGGGGAGGUGGAGCAGAGAUAUGAGAAGCUGCACCUGGAGGCGGAGUGGAGAUAUGACCUGAGGAUCCGCUACAUUCCAGACAAUUUCCUAGAGAAAUUUAAAGAAGACAGAACCACAAUGCUGUACUUCUAUCAGCAGGUUCGCAGUGAUUAUAUGCAAUACCAUGCCAGCAAAGUCAGUGAUGGGAUGGCUUUACAGCUGGGCUGCCUGGAGAUCAGGAGGUUUUACAAAGAUAUGAAUGCCAAAGGUCUGGAAAAAAAGUCAAAUUUUGAAUUGCUAGAGAGGGACGUAGGUCUUGACCUGUUCUUUCCCAGAGAACUUAUUGACAGCAUGAAGGCCAAACACUUGAGGAAGAUGAUCCAGCAGACAUUCCAGCAGUACGCCACACUGAAGGAGGAGGAGUGCAUGCUGAAAUUCUUCGAGACGUAUGGAAAAUUCUCCAACUUUGAUGAGGAGGUCUUUCCCUGUGAGCUGGUGCAAGGCUGGAGUCUUGCUGUGGAGCUGGUCAUCGGAUCUAAAGGCAUUCGCCAGCGCACGCAGAAGCAGUCUGCGCCCAUCUGCCUAGCUGAAUACAAACAGAUUAAAAGUAUCAAAUGUUCUUUACAAAGUGACAGCAAAGCUUUGUUACACCUGGACAUAGAAGGAGCAAGACAGCCCCUGUCCAUCAAUGUGGCUACGUUUGCAAUGGCAGAGAACAUGGCAGACUUGAUAGAUGGUUACUGUCGAUUAGAGAAUGGCACAGAGACAUCUGUGAUUUCGAAGCCAAAGAAAGACAAGAUUUUAAGAAAUGAACUACCUGCGAUUCCAACAGGUGAUGGAAAGGAGAGUGCUCACAAGAGUUCCGUCAGAGAUAGCAUGGGGUCUGACAUCUACGCAGAGAUACCAGAUGAACGACCAAAAUCUGCAAUAAAGUAUGGGCUUUCCAGAGAUGAGAUUGUCCUGGGCAGAAUUCUGGGUGAAGGUUUCUUUGGGGAAGUCCAUGAAGGAGUAUAUAAAAAGCAGAAUGGGGAGAGGAUCAGUGUAGCUGUAAAGACCUGCAAAGACUGCUCCCCUGAUGUCAAGGAGAAGUUCAUGAGUGAAGCUGUGAUCAUGAAGGACCUGGACCAUCCCCAUAUUGUGCGGCUGAUUGGCAUCAUCGAGGAAGAUCCGGUGUGGAUUGUCAUGGAGCUCUACCAGUAUGGCGAGCUUGGAAAUUACCUGACCGAAAAUCAGCACAAGUUGACCAAUGUCACACUAGUCCUCUACACAGUGCAGAUUUGCAAAGCCCUUGCCUAUUUAGAGGGAGUAAACAUGGUUCACAGAGACAUUGCUGUUAGGAAUGUGUUGGUGGCCUCACCAGACUGUGUGAAGCUGGGGGAUUUCGGCUUGUCCCGGUACAUCGAAGAAGAAGAGUACUACAAAGCCUCUGUGACCCGAUUACCUAUCAAAUGGAUGGCCCCUGAAUCCAUCAAUUUCAGGCGCUUCACCUCGGCUAGUGAUGUCUGGAUGUUUGCGGUGUGUAUGUGGGAGAUCAUGAGCCGAGGCCAGCAGCCUUUCUUCUGGCUGGAGAACAAGGACGUGAUAAACCAGCUGGAACAGGGAAUCCGACUGCCCAAACCCGAGAACUGCCCCCCAACCCUCUACUCCCUGAUGACUCGCUGCUGGACCUACGCCCCCCGGGAGAGGCCAACGUUCACAGAGCUGGUGUGCAAACUCAGUGAAGUCCACAAGAUGGAGAAAGAGCAAGAGGCAGAGAUGCAGAGGGACCGUGCACGGUCUACCAGAUUCUUUGACCCCAAGUUCGCGUUCAAUGAACCUCCCCCAAAGCCUUCAAGAACAAAGCCCGGUCGCUUUGCGAAUACACUCAGUAUAGGUCUGCAUAUUCAGCUGCCAGAGUCUCUGUGUGCCAGCUCGCCCAACCUUGUUAGCCCGUGCGAUUACCAGUCGCCGUUCGACUCCAACAACAUGCUGAUGGUGCCCAAGGAGGCCCCUCGUCGGCGCAGUAUGGGGGAAGGGGACUUCAUCAUCGAGCCGGCCAGCAAGGAGGAUGCUCAGCGCUUGUGGGAAAUGGAGAAGUUCCGCAUGCAGGAGACGCUGAAGAGACAAAAGCAGGAGAUGGUGGAGGACAACAAGUGGCUAGAGAAGGAGGAGAAACUGCUGGACCCCAUGGUACAGGAGGACGUGAAAACUCCAGGGACACCUGAAAGGGAGCCAGGAUAUGCUGAAUUCACACGUCCCCCAGAGAAGCCCCCAAGACUGUCUGCACAGCCGGCCCCCACGGCUGAAAUUGACCGCUCAGAUGACCAGGUGUAUCAUUUCGUCAUGGAACUGGUGAAGGUGGUGGUGCAGCUGAAAAACGAUGUCAACACCCUGCCAUCCUCCGAGUAUGUCGUCGCGGUUAAGGCUGUGGGGCUGACUCUGCGGAGCCUCAUUAACAGCGUGGACGACAUUCUGCCAUCUCUGCACGAGUCCAUCAGGACGGAGAUUGAAGGCACCCAGAAGCUGCUUAACAAAGACAUGGCGGAGCUGAUCAGCAAGAUGCGCCUGGCGCAGCAGAACGCCAUCACCUCCCUGAAGGAGGAGUGCAAGAGGCAGAUGCUGGCUGCUGCACACACCCUGGCAAUGGACUCCAAGAACCUGCUGGACGCCGUGGACCAGGCCCGCGUCCGAGCUAACCUGGCCAAGCCCAAACCUGCUGCUUCCGAGGCCUCUCAGGACUAACCUUUUGGCCCAUUGGACAACAGGGGAGACUAAUCCUCCAUGUUGGGCGGCUCAAGAACUGUCUUAAACCAGCACCUGUUUGUCUUUUAGUAACACUGGUGAAAGAAAAAAAGCUGUGCUCAUCUCUGUUAGCAGUAUUUUUAUGGCUUUUAAACAUUUUAUAAAGUUUUUAGUCUUGCUAAAGCUAGGACUCUUUUUUGUCAGAGAACAUACAAAUAUAAAAAAGCACACACUGAGACACACAAAGGUCACGGUAAUGAAAUAUCUGGAAGCAGAGGUGUUGUAAAAAGGAAUAUAUGCAGCCUUUGUAAUGUUAAAGAAUUUUUAAUCAUUUAAAGGAAAAAGGUAAAUAUUUUAUUUUAACUGUGUUAAUGUCAUGCUUAAUCUGUACAUCUGAAA